GAUCAAGAAGAACAGAAUUGUCCAGUGAGCACCCCAGUGGUAUCGAUUGCUUAAGAACGCCAUACAUCAUGGCACCCACCGAGAAGCCCAUCUUAUUCCACUACCCGCAAUCCAUCUACUCGCACCGCGUACUGUGGUAUCUUUGGUUACGCGGCAUUGCUUACGAUGAAUGUAUCCAACCACCUGUCAUGCCUCGUCCGGACCUCGCAUCCAUCGACGUCGGAUAUCGUAAAAUCCCUCUCAUGGCUAUAGGAAAAGACGUAUACUGCGACUCUCGGCUCAUCAUCUCCAAGCUUGAGUCGCUGUACCCCGGAAAUACUCUUGCGCCAUCCACGCCAGCUGAAGCGGGAACUCGUAAACUCUUUGAGAACUGGACUAUCGACGGUGGCAUCUUUGCUAACGUGGUUAAACUCAUGCCAUACUGGCUUGAAAACGGGCUUCUGAGCAACAAGGUGUUCUUGGAUGAUAGGCAGAAGUUAAUGGGUGGAAGGCGGAUGACCGCUGAGGCGAUGGAGGCAGGAAGACCGGACGGUCUACAGAAUAUACAGCAGGCGCUUGCGUUGCUUGAGACAACCUUUUUGGCUGACGGUAGAGAGUGGGUGCUUGGGACGAACGAGCCCACAGUGGCAGAUAUUGAUGCUGUCUGGCCAUUCGAGUGGAUGAUUGUGGACAGAGGCAUGCGGGGAAGCCUCCCAGACGAACACUUUGGAGAGAAGAGAUAUCCAAGGGUAUAUGCAUGGGUUCGACGUUUUAUGGCGGAAGUGGAAAGGAAAAGACAAAGCACAGAGAAACCCGUGGGACUAGACGGGUCUUCUAUGCGCGACCGCGUGCUGAACGGACAAUCUGCGAGCGAAGCUACGUCGUUCGAAUCUAACGACGCACUGAAGGUACAGCAUGGGGAAGAGGUCGAGGUUUAUCCGUCAGAUUACGGGCAGAUGGGCAAGAGCACCGGUAUUUUGGUCGGCCUUGGACUCACUGAAGUUGUGAUAAAGAACAGACUGGGCAUCCACGUCCACUUCCCUCGUUGGAAUUUCAGCAUCGUGAAGUCUGGAGGGAUCCAGCAGAGCCCCAAACCUGUCACAGCGCGGAGCAAGAUCCCACAGAUGAAGCUCAUAUACCAUCCAUUCUCUCCGUUUUCACGGGUAGUAUUCGUUCUUGCACAUGAGCUUGGCCUUGCCGAACACAUCGCCCUCCAGAAAGUCGUGGUAUGUCCAGUGCCAAUCGAGGGGUGGAGCGACAACAACUCAGACGUCGCGCUGUACAACCCAAUGGCAAAAAUUCCUUGCCUGGUACCAGAAAAUGUCCCGGACGGCAUUUACGACUCACGGGUCAUAUGCGAGUACUUUAGCGACCUCGCAUCGGUGACUCCAAAAAAAGAUGCAAGGUACUGGCAGCUACGUACGCUCAAUGCGGCGGCGAACGGGAUCAUGGAUGCAGCCGUCCUCAUCACCUACGAGGUGCGUAUUCGCAAAGAACGCAAGAUCUACUUCGAUGAGUGGGUGGAAGGCCAGAAGCAGAAGAUCUUGCGGGCUCUGGACAGGUUUGAAAACGUAGCGGGGAAAGGCAUAUUGCCUGAUCCUGGGAACGAGCCUGCAACUCAGAAUGAGGUCGCGGUCGCUGUAGCUACUGCGACGACUGCGCAGAUGGGGUUCUUGGGCAUUGAUUGGGCAAAAGGCAGGCCGAAUUUGGUGCAAUGGAUGAAGAAGUGGGAGCAACGAAGCAGCUUUGUGAAGACCCCACCGACUGCGGACUGGAAAACCCAGUCGAGCGCGAAGAUCUAAUACUGAUGCUAUUCACGAGACUGGCAUACUGUCACCUCCUGAUGUGCGUCCCAUCCAGUCAUAGUCUUCGUUCAGCAGUG